AUGUCGUGGUCUUUAGCCAUACCUUCAGGCAAGAGAUUGGAAGGCUGGAGGAAGCUCAGCCUUAAGAAGUGCCUUCUGUUCCAGAGGGAGGUACCAUUCCUUGGACACAUUGUGGGUCAAGAUGGAGUGAGAGCUGAUCCUCAGAAGGUGGCUGCAGUGAAGGAGUGGCCAGUUUUGACGAAUGUGAAGGAGGUGUGGAGCUUCUUGGGAUUCUGCUGCUACUACAGGAGAUUCAUGAAGGACUUCGCCACUUUUGCAGCAUCUCUGAAUUGGCUGACUAGGAAAGGUGUGCAGUUCCGAUGGGAUGAAGAGUGUCAAGUAGCCUUUGAGCAACUUAAGGGGAGCGCCCACCUCCAAUUGCAUUGA